AUGGGCACCCCCCUCAAAUUUCACCGCGGAAACGCAUCCAAUCUGCUAAAAAUUGACGCAUGUGUCUUCAAGCCACUACUGAUGAAAUAUACAGAGUCUGACAUUCACAGCGCCCUUGAGGCAAUCGCCAAUGGCGGAUCCGCCAAGAAGGCUGCUCGCGAUUGGGGCGUCCUGAGGGCAACUCUUUACAAUCGCAUGCAUGGUCACGAAUGCAGAAAGGAUGCAUUUUCUGCUCUUCAGAGGCUUUCUCAGACACAGGAAAAGCAACUUACCGAAUGGAUUCUCAUUCAGGACGCCUUGGGCCUUCCUCCCACUCACUCGCAGAUCAGGCAGUUCGCGCAGCGCAUGCUCGCCGUCAAAGGAGACCACACCGCUCGGAAAACACUGGAUGCAAGCAUUUUUAAGACGAAAUCCUGCAGUUCGGACCCAGAAGUGCCAUCACAGAGACUCUGCGCGUGUCAACGGCGCUUCUACCGAGAAGACGCCUGGUUCUCGGGUCUGGACGUCGUUCAUCGAGUGCGUGUCCGCUGCCGGCACCUUCCUCCUCCACCCGUCAUUUUCAAGGGCAAAUCGGUCCAGCAACAGUGGUUCCCAGAAGAUCUCAGUACUUUUAGUGACUGGCAAUUCACUGCGACAAAGAACGGCUGGACUUCGGACCAAACUGCGGUGGAGUGGCUCGAAAAGGUGUUCAUUCCAAGAACCCAGCCACCCGACCCUUCGGAGCGAAGACUGCUAGUCGGAUUUCUCAGCCUCCUGACCGAUUCAAGCCCAGUCGGCAAGCAAAACUUUCUUUCCUGCUACCAGAAAGCACGCGAGCAAGCGCUCACUGUGUCAAACAUCAAGGGUGGCUGGAAAGCGACGGAUUGCGUGGUCGACCCCGAGGCGCUCGCAAGAUCUGAAGGUUCAGGUAGUUCAAUUCAACCAGCUAGACGACGACGUGCCCACGAAGAGAUUGCUGUUCAGGAAGAUCACAAAGGGUUUGACGAGAAGGAUGGCCUUUAG